UUUUACCCUCUGGUCAGUCGGGCCUGAAGCAGAGCGAGGAGCCCCUCAGUCCUUCUGGAUCUCUCCUCGGCCUGACCAGAGAAACUUCUGGAGGUCCCCCCUCAGGGAUAAGAGCAGGAGCUGAGCUCAGCAGGACCUGAACCUGAGCGAGUGGACAGAAGAGACAGACACGAUGUCUCAGCUGUGCUACAACAGAGGCUGUGGACAGACGUUUGACCCCAGCAAGAACAAGGACGACUCGUGCCUCUUUCAUCCAGGAGUUCCCAUCUUCCACGAUGCCCUGAAGGGCUGCACCCGUGGGCUCCACAGUGACGUGAAGCCCCAGGAGCCUCUGAGGCCGGCGGUGAUGUCGGAGAAAGGCGACAGUAAACUCGUCGACAACCAGGAGAUCAUCUACCAGGGCCCCAAAUCUGCUGAGCUGCUGCAGAGAGAGAGACCCAGGUCUGAUGAGCCCAUGACCAAGCUGCCCCACAAAGUCUCAGCGUCGCUGCUUCAAGCUCUGGAAAAUCUGGGCAUUAGUAAGACAACAGAGAGCGAGCAGAAAGAGGGUCAGAGUGUCAUGUACGGGACRCGGUGCAAAAACACCGGCUGUAAAACC